GGGCGGGGCGGCGGGGCGGCGGCCCCGAUGAUCGCCCUGCCCCUGGGAGGCGCCUGGCGCGGCCCGCCCGCCUGCGAGGCCGCGGCCCCGCCUGGCCGCCGAGACCGGCGCUGCGGGGACGUGGGCAGCAGUAGAUGUGAUGGCACCAAGAAGAAAAGAGAAAUACAAGCUUCCGGUUCCACUCCCAGAAGGCAAAGUUCUGGAUGAUAUGGAUGGAAACCAGUGGGCACUGGGCAAGAUGAUCGGCUCUGGAGGGUUUGGAUUGAUAUACUUAGCUUUCCCCACAAAUAAACCAAGUAAAGAUGCAAGACAUGUAAUAAAAGUGGAAUAUCAAGAGAAUGGCCCAUUAUUUUCAGAACUUAAAUUUUAUCAGAGAGCUGCAAAAAGAGAAUAUAUUCAAAAGUGGAUAGAACAGAGAAAACUUGAUUAUUUAGGAGUUCCUCUAUUUUAUGGAUUUGGUCUGACUGAUUUUAAAGGAAGAAGUUACAGAUUCAUGAUAAUGGAAAGACUGGGAAUAGAUUUACAGAAGCUCUCAGACCAGAAUGGUGUUUUUAAAAAAUCGACUGUCCUGCAACUUGGAAUCAGGGUGCUGGACAUACUGGAAUAUAUACAUGAAAAUGAAUAUGUUCAUGGUGAUAUAAAAGCAGCAAACCUACUGUUGGGCUACACAAAUCCAAAUCGGGUUUAUCUUGCAGACUAUGGACUUUCCUACAGAUAUUGUCCCAAUGGGAAUCACAAACAGUAUCAGGAAAAUCCCAGGAAGGGCCAUAAUGGAACAAUAGAGUUUACAAGUUUGGAUGCCCACAAAGGAGUAGCCCCUUCCAGAAGAAGUGACAUUGAGAUCCUUGGUUACUGCAUGCUGCGCUGGCUAUGUGGGAAGCUACCUUGGGACACAUACCUGGAGGACCCUGUGGCUGUCCAGACUGCUAAAACCAAUCUGCUGGACGAACUCCCAGAGUCUGUGCUUACGUGGGCCCCCCCUGGAAGUAGUUGCUGUGAACUUGCCAAGUUCUUGGCGUGCGUCUGUAAUUUAGCUUAUGAUGAAAAGCCAGACUAUCAGAAGCUCAAGAAUAUUUUGAAUCCAGAUGGAGUACCUUUAGGGCCACUGGAAUUUUCCACUAAAGCACAGAGUGUCCAUGUGCAUACUCCAACCCACCAAAAAGUGGACUCUCCAAAGGUCACUGCGAAAGCAGCCAAUGAGUUACCAGUUAAGUUCACCAGGACAAUCUGUGGAGGGCCGGCCCGAGCUCGGCCCAGCAGAGCAGCAGCACCGGAAAACUCAAGGAGAAAAAAUAUAUAUGAGUAUUCAGAUUUUUGGAGUGAAAUGCAGAGUCUUCAACAGACACCCAGCUAUAUGAGUUUCCAAACUUCAUAUUGUAAGCCCUAUCCAGACUGCACCAGUAGAGGUACAAUCAGGAAGCCAAGGUCUUCAGUUCUGAACAGAUACACUUCCACUGGUGACAUGAGUGUCACAGACUUGGACCGUCCUCCAAGACUUUGGCCUGCAGUUUUCCAGUUGACUCUCAGUGAUGAGAUGAAGACAGAGGUGUACUACUACGGACUCACUAUAGUUUUCCUGCUGACAUUAGUUUGUCUCGCUUUGUAUCUUCUCUGAUGUCAAAUAAAUCAGUUGUUUUCUUUAUAACCAA